GAACUGAGCAUGCUCAAUACACCUUAAGCAGCACAUUUCUAGCAGAGCGGAGCCUGCGGGAAAGGAGCGUGGUGGGGGAAGAAGGUCGGGACGGACCACCCCUCCCCCACGCCAUCGACAGGUAACAGGAGCGAUGUAAGAGGAUUCCAGAGCUGCUCAUCAGCAACGCCAGCUUUCCUAAUGGAAGAGACUCCCCAAGGAACGUUCCAAGAUGAGCUGGAGUAGUGUAUUUUGCAGCUGGAAACAGGCCUCCUUCGUCUCAACCCAACCCCAAAACAAGCAGAGGAGACACAGCACAUCCUCAAAGUCCUGCGCUCCCGCAAGGCUGCCUUUGUGAAGAAGCGGCAGGUGAUGAACCGCGUGUUUGGGGAUUACCGACUGAAGAUGGCCGAGGAGCAGAAGAGGACAGAGAAAGCAGCCAUGAAACCUGGGAAAGCACAAAUACAGCAAGGGAAUGUGCAGGCUUCAGGGAGCGUGGUGUAUAGGAAGCGAUCUGGACAGACCUCCGAGUCAACAACAAAUUGGUUCACACCAUCUGAUAAUAGCUUCCGAUUCAGCUUUGCACUUCCUGAGAUGGAUCCACAAGCAACCAAUGGAACUAUGGAAGAGGCCCAGGGGGUAGGUGGCUCUGAACAGAGGCCCUCAGAACUAGAAGAUUUGAGUGGAGUGUUGAACUUUUCCACCCCUGGACAACAGCCCAAGUUUGCUUUCAAUUUUGUCAUCCCAGAUAAAGAUGGCCCCCUGAUGCCAUCUGUUGUUACAGGCCAAAGAGCGGAGAGUAUAGCAGAAAAUGUGACAUCAGAUGGCUUGUCAUCUGCAGGACUAAUGACUCAUUCAACCCUGUUGGAGGCUAACAUGCCUGAGGUUGUGGGCUGUGUGGGUGGAGGAUUAGGGAGAGAGGCUCUCAUUUUAGAGACCCCAAAACCAGAGAUUGCCGCUGAAGAUGAGGUUAAGACAGAGAAGACAGCAGCAGCUGGAGCACCCAAGAAGAAGAAGAAAAAGAAAUCAUCAAAUAGUAAGAAGGAGAUGGCGGAAGCUGAGGUCAGCAAGAAGGUGAAGGUGGGAGCCAGUAGGUGUGAAGACACAGAUUUGUCCCUCCAGGACAAGACCACACAGCAGUCAGAUAAACAGCUGUGGAGGGAAGUGGAGUGGUGUGUGGAACAGCUGGAACUUGGCCUGAAGACACACAAAUCCACUCCAAAACAGGCUGAAGAAGCUCUGCAUGCCAUCAAGACACUACGCAGUGACAAGGCCGUGCUGGCAAAGAAGCGUCAGGUCAUGCGAGCCAUGUUUGGAGAUUACAGGAAGAAGAUGGAGGAGGAGAGACAGAAACAGCUGAAGCUCAUGCAGGCAGCUGCAAAGUCUGCUCAGGUCAUGGAGGUGAGGGAGAAUGCCCGCAGAAAGAGCAGCCAGGUCUUCCGGAAGUGUUCAGAGGCGUCCAGGAAAAGCCCAAGUUCUGCAGGAUCCCCUUCUCAUCUUUCCAGCCAUCCAGAGUCACCCCAGGCCUCUGGCACAAAUUCAUUCGUGUUCCCAACUUCCCAAGAGGAGUUCCGCUUUAACUUUUUUUAGGAAAGUCCCUUGGACAUUUAUUGUUUUUGUUUAAUGGCUGAAAAUGUUGCCAAAAUCUGUAUAAUCUUAGGGGGUAGAAGAAUGCUGAGCAGGGUAAAAGGAUCAUGUUGUGGGAAACAUGCAUAGGUUCAUAGUGGAAAGACACUAAGUGCCUUAGAUCAAGUGUAUGUAACAGCUCUAUCUAUAAUGCAUACUCCCCAGGCUCAGUCUGCGGGCUGGACUCCUUUCCUCAUACACACCUUUGCUUGGAAACAAAUCUGAUAAGGAGAAGAGAUAUGAUCAGAGAAGGGAUAAGUAAAGGUGAAGAGAAGCUUAGCACUUUGAAGGCAAUUCUUCUGUUGUAUGCGAAGUGCAGCUCUCAUGCUGGCUGUAUGGAACAGAGUGAUGAAGUAGGAUUGAAACUCCUUGUGAGUAUCAAAGGUUUUUGUAUUAAACAUGAAAAAGCGGCAUCACUCCCAAAGUUCUAGCAUUUUGAUGCAGUUUACAAAGACACUACAAUAAUUUUUCCCAUUGCUGUAUAAUUAUGGCAGUCUUUUAUUCUCGCUAGUUUUGUGAUCUCCAUUAGGCAAAUGUUGACUCCUUUUUUUUUUUUUUUUCCCUUGCUUCCAAAGAGCCUGGAAUUAAUAUAGCAGUUUACCAUAAAAUCCUGCUCUCUCCAAAGGUGGCAGGGGAUAUGAAAACUUCUUCCAAAACUUGGGAGAGCCAUUCUGUGGGCAUUCACGGGUCUGUGCUUCAGACCUCUGUAAAGCUGUUCUAUAAAGCCAUGUUCCUUUCCCUGUGCUUCAGCAUGGGAGGAUCCAGAAUGCAGCUGUUCAGUAAAGGGGUACAUUACAGUUCCAAGCACCAAUACUUUACCUUUGUAAGUUGGAAAGUGGACUGAUCACAAGAAUGGGCUCUUCCACAGACGCACGUGUGACCCUGAGCGAGUCAUUCCAGCUGUAAAAUGAGGAUACUGCUUGCCUACUUCAAAGACUUGUUGAACACUGGUUAAUAAAUAACUGCUGUAUAAGAAGCAAGCUUACAGCAGUUUUUAACUCCACCCUUGUUGCUUUCUCAUGCUUGAAGCAUCUCUGGACCAUUAUCAGUUGUUAAUGUAUCUCUUGACUGUUUUUUGGUUGAAACAGCACAAACCAGAUGCUGUGGGUUCCACAAAAAUGUUGUUUCAUAGCAAAGACACAGUGGCUUUUAAUUAAAAAAAAAAUUAUUAUUUGGAA